CGUUUGCCCGUCUUUACUCCCUCCUUCCAAUUUUGUUCUCUAGUCCAGGAAGUUGCCAUUACUCACCCAUUCGAAGGAAUCGCAAGUUGGAGAGAAGAAAAAAACCGAAGUUAGGAGGCAACAGCAGUCCGCUUUUUCCUUACUGAAUGUAACUUGUGUCUUCGUUGAGUUCUGCAACAUUGCAAUAUUCAGCCGUUAUACUUAACUGGUAAAUUAUACAUUUAAUUUCGUUAUGGCUGAUACAGAGGCCAGUGUCGCUGCGGGCUGCCUGGAGAACCUGAAGGGCUACGUGAAGACCCGAAAAGGAACUAUUCUUGCUGCAGAAAUACUCAUCAGUUUUAUUAUCCUAAUCUGCUAUGCUGCAUCAUUGUAUGGAGGUUAUUCUGCAGUGGCCAUCUGUGAGAUGGUGUUCGCCAUCAUCUUCUUUGUCGUCUUCAUGAUGGAAAUGGACAAGUCCAUCAAGAUCAACUGGAUCUGGAGUGAUUUUAUCCGUGCUACUAUUGGUGCAGCCCUGUACCUUAUCACCUCUCUGAUCUGUGUGAUUGGUGGAGCCGGGGACGGCGCCCGUAUUGCAGGAGGGGUGUUUGGCCUGCUGGCUGGGAUCCUGUUUGCCUAUGAUGCCUACACCAUCUUUCUGGUCAUCAAGAGCACCAGGCAGCACACAGCAGCUCCCACUGACGACAGAGUUUAAGCACUCAAAGCUAUACCCCCCCAAAAAAAGAAAAAUGACGUUUGUGCAGGAGGAGUCGAAAAUGAAGAGAGAAAGAAGUGCAGCAGAUUGGAAGGCAUUUGAUGCUCAAAUGAAGAGAUUAAUAGCAGCAAUUAACCAAUGUUAGGGUCAGAAGAGAGAAACAUCUGCAGUACAUCUAUAGCUGACCCAGAGGAGAAUGUAGCUGACCCAUUGAGAUCUGCAUGUUCAUAAUACUUAUGUCAAUUCCAUGAGGGAUUCCCUUGACAAAGGGUUAUUCCAGUCUCUGUGUACAAUUCUACCAUCUACCGAAAAGGGAAAGAUGUAAAUAUUAUGCAGCAUAAGGAGGUGAAAAGCUUUGGUCAGUUUUCAUACCUUUGUUUUCUGAUUUAAUUCAUUAAUGUGUCAAAAGAUGUCUGUUUGUAUUACAUCCACUACUAAAGGUUUGGUUUAUUAGUAAUGAGAUUGUAGCAUUACAUCCAUAGAGGUGCUCAGAUUAAUAAAACAUUAAAAUGUAA